AUGAAUUUCACAGGAGCAUCUCUGCUGGCAACAACUGAAAUUAAAAGAAAAUUAUGGAACGGAUGUAUUAACAUUAAGGUGGUAUUGCCACAUGAUAGUGAGGAUAUCGAAUAUUUAAUUAAUAUUCCUAGAAAUUCAUAUUUGCCAAUUCACUUCCAGCAAUUAAUUUCAUAUUUCCAAAAUUAUGUGUCGUAUGAGAUUUAUAAGCAAGCACUUUGGUUUGAAUAUGAAGGUGUACCUAUAGCCUGGAAUUUACCUGUAGGUGUACUAUACGAUUACUUGUAUUUGCCAAGUGUGAUUCAAGAACGUGGAGGUGGUGGCUUAGAUCAGAAUUGCUGGACUAUACAGUUGAACUUACGAGGUAAAUACCCGGCUGAGUACAUUAUACCGUUUGUGUACACAAACCCGGAUAAUACCAUCAAUUACGAACAAUCGUUGAAUGAGAUCAUAGUCAACCAACUUAAGCAAUCAUGUUUUGUGAUCAACGGCAGCGCCAAGCCAAUCAUGAAUCUAAGCGAAUCAAACUCUAAAUUGCUUUGGAAUUCGAUUGUCACCAGAAAUCUUGGCCAAUUCACUAGCUUGAAUAAGAAAAUUAUCCCCAAACAGUUUCAAAGAAUUCCCGUAAAGAUUUACAUCCCUGGAUCUACCACGGUAAUUCAAGCACCUAUACAUGCAUAUGAAGAUGACAAACCCGUUACCCUAAGUCGAGUUCUACAACGAGAAUUACCUAAUCUAUUUACAAAUGAUGUAAAACUAGCCCGUACAUACAUACAUGGCAUUGAUAUCAGUUCAAUCAUGGAUAUGCCAUUGCACGACAUUUGGACUAUCUUUAGACAUCUAGAUAAUUUUCUCUAUAUUAUAAUUAUUGCUAUGUCGUAA